AUGCUUCGGAAGGCUGGAGAUCGAGGAAAAUGGGGAAGAGCCAGGACGCCAACUUUGGAGGAGCCUAAUGGUAAUGACAUUCGCUUGGAUGAACCUGACUGGGUUAAAAAGAAACGCAAGGUGCCAUAUUGUCAUGCCAUCAUCUUCAAAUGUCCCGGGCCGGACGCAAAUGUGAUGGACAAUGGGCACUACAAGCCGAGCGUGACCAUGAUAGACGAGUUCAGUGCCGAUUGCGCGAAGAUGAUUGGCCAGCCUGGGUAUGCCCUUGAGAAGUAUUCGCAAGCAUGA